AUGGGCGUAAAUGCGCAAAGACGGGGCAAGUCUGGGCGUGAAAUGGCCGAAAUACUCAGAGGGCUCAAAACCCCAGGAAUCUCUUCGGGCGAGAUCCAGGCUCUUUUGGAGAAGCACUGCCCGCACGUGGAUUUUCGAAAGUAUGUGCGAGGGUGUGGAAAGUGUGCUGGAGACAGUAUGGGGGCGGCAGAUGCCCGCGGAACCUCCCACGGAACCUCCCACGAAACCUGCUGCGGAACUCACCCGCCCUGUCUUGCUCUUUUGGAGGAGUCUCUUCUCUACGCGGGAGACCUGAGCAGGGCCUUUUUGGGCGAAAUUGUGCGUGCAAUUGAGGAGGAAAUGCCCCGGGAGCACCUUAUACACGUGCACAAGAUGCUUUCCAACACUCUGAUCUCCUCGCACAGGUGCGGGUAUGCACACGAGUACGACAGAUGGCUUGUUCUUGCGGCAAUUAAAAUUAUGCAGGUACUGAAGCGGGAGGAGUACGUGCUAGAGUACUUCCCGUGCGUGGCCGAGAGAAUCAGCGCAGAUUGCCACCUUUCAGGCGGAUUUCGGGACAGAGCCGUUAUUUUGAGCGACUAUCUCACGCAGGGCGAGCUUCUCCUGGAGUCGGGAGAGGCUGCGCACUUCAGCAGCGACGUCCCAAGGAAGCCCCGCAUCGAAGAAGUGUGCGAAAGCCCAGACGAAGACGCUCCAGAAGAGCCUGCUUUUAUAAGCACGCUCGCAGAGUACUACUUCACGGUGAAGAGCAAAAAGUUUGAGUCCGAGCCCCCGGAGGAGAUACGCCGCGUGAUGCUGCAGCUCCCCGGAGUACUGCGGAGGGAAAGCCCAAAAACCGUGAAAAAACUGUACUUGGAAAUAGUGCAGGUACACGCUUCAAUUCUGACGAAGGAGUCUCUUGAGGGGAUAUGCAGCCUUCUUUUGCAGGGAGAAAUCGCCUGGGAGAUUCUUUCGGUUUUGUACGACAGGGACAAAUACUCGCUGCACUUUCGGCGGGUGAUAGUGCAGUGCCUGGGCUCAGUCCUGCACAGGCUUCGAGGGGACGUCCUGGCCCGAAUUGUGGAAAAACACGCACGCACGGAAUAUUCAGCGGAGGACGUAAAGCUGGGAAUUCCCAGGCUUUUUUCGGCUGGCUCUAUAAAAUAA